AUGGCAGAACUAAGUUUUUAUGUUGGAGUUAUAGGAAAUGUAAUAUCAGUUCUUGUCUUCCUCUCCCCUGUGGAGACGUUUUGGAGGAUAGUGAAACGGAGAUCGACGGAGGAAUACGAGUGUUUGCCGUACAUUUGUACGUUGAUGAGUGCGUCGUUAUGGACAUAUUACGGAAUAGUGACACCUGGCGAAUACUUGGUGUCUACGGUCAAUGGCUUUGGAGCUGUUGCUGAAACAAUCUACGUUCUCAUUUUCCUCUCCUUUGUCCCCAAAUCUAGAUUGAUGAAAACAGUAUUAGUGGUUAUAGCUCUCAACGUGUUAUUCCCAAUUAUAGCGAUUGGGGGAACAAGAACUGCGUUUGGAGAUGCCAAAUCGCGUUCUAAUUCAAUGGGUUUCAUAUGUGCUACUCUCAACAUUAUCAUGUAUGGCUCUCCUCUUUCCGCUAUUAAAACAGUUGUGACGACGAGGAGUGUAAGGUACAUGCCGUUUUGGUUGUCGUUUUUCCUCUUUCUAAACGGAGGGGUUUGGGGUGUCUACGCUUUACUCGUACACGACGUUUUUCUACUAGUGCCAAAUGGAAUGGGCUUUUUCCUUGGAGCAAUGCAACUCCUAAUUUAUGCAUUUUACAGAAAUGCCGAGCCAAACGUAGGAGAUCAAGAGGAAGCCCUCAUACCAAGCCAACCUCUCAUCUCUUAA